UGGAAUGUCAUUUGUAUUGUUGCGAAGGUCUUAUUAUCAGCUUUGUUUUGUGUUUCCUUCAAUAACUAAAUACUGAAAGUGAUUCCGAAGUAUAGUAUCUAAAUCAGUGAGUGUGUUACUUACACGAUGGCCCUGACGAACGUGUUGCUAGUGAGUCAAAUAGCAGGCUAUGUGGUCGGGCUCAUCCUGUCGCUAUGCAUCAUAGUGCCGAUGAGCAUGCAUCUGGAUGAAUUCAAUGGGCAUUGCUUACUCUUCUCAAGUGGGCACUGGCAAGAGCAAGAUGGUCAGUUGGCAGUGGCGUGGGCACCUAGUGCAUACUGCAACUAUGUCAUAGUGGUCGGCGUCAUCAUGUUCCUCGUCUGCUCUGUGCAGAUCUACAGGUUAUCAAUGUUCAUGUACAAAGGCAUGGACAGCUCGUUCCUGUCCGCAUUCCUGGAAGCAGUUGGCUGCAUGCUGAUGUGUGGGCUGGUGGUGUCCGCUGCCGUCAUGGUCACGCUCGGCUUCAUGACCUGGUGCCAGAAUAUUGUGGAAAGAUUUCCUAGUUGUGAGGAUGCAGCCGGUCAGAAUAUAGACAAGGUGGAUAACAUCACCACCAGGGGCUUUUACAUCGAAAUUGGCACCGCACAGUUCGGCACAUGGGCAGCGUUCGCCACUAUGGUGGGAUUAGCAGUGUUCUCGACCAUCAAGGUAUGUCGCUACCACCAGCUGGAGAACAUCCAGGUCUCCAUGUACCGGGAGCGCCAACGCCUGGUGAACGAGAGUGGCUCGCCCGCUGCCCACGACGGACGCUCCACGCCGCCGCUUGACGGACACUAGGCGACUCAGAAUGUAUGAUAGAUGGCAAAAACGUUGGCAAGUGGAAAUACCUAUAUGUAUUACACUGGGCUGGUUGCAUCAAAACUAUGAGUCCUAUUUAUUUUCGGCUAAGACACUAUAAUAUGGUAUCAGUAAUGAAAUGUUUUUUAGAUUAUCCAAAUAAAAGUGGACAAAUCAACAAGCAAUGAUUUUUCCGAAAUAGCAAAA